UUCCUGCGGGAAAUGGUUAACCAAAAGCAGAACGAUUAUCAAUACACGUCACCGGAAUAAAUACUGAUAAAAAUUUAAAAACUCCGAUUCUCUCUGAUGGCACAGGUGAAAGCCAAGCUUCAGCCAUUUUUGAAACGCUGAUAGAGUGGGAUCUUUGCGAUAAUGUUAAAGCAAUGUGCUUUGAUACAACUAGUUCAAAUACCGAAGUUGCUUGGCCAGUGACGAAUAGUCCAAAUGUACCAAUUUUCAAAAGACUCAGAGAUAAUUGGGAAAAAAUUGAUAAAUCUGCGUAUGAAAUCGGCACAGAGGAUAAAGAUAUUGCACUUAUUUUAAAUCAAAGAAAAGACGAUAUUCUUGACUUCAUAGAAAAUCAACUGAAGAAUCAUCAUCCGAGAAAUGAUUACAAGGAGUUUUUGGAGCUGAGCUGUAUCUUUUUGGGUGGUAUCAAAAGUCAUAGAGCCGAAUUUAAAGCACCUGGUGCUUUUCAUCACGCACGGUGGUUAUCGAAAGCUCUCUAUUGCUUGAAAAUAUAUAUGUUUAGAAACCAGUUUAAAAUGGAAGCAAACGAAAAAAAAAUUUUGCAGAAAAUAUGUGUUUUCAUCGUAAUAUUUUAUGUAAAAAUAUGGUUUACUGCUCCUAAUGCAAUAAAUGCUCCAAACUCGGAUUUGCAAUUAGUAAAAGAUCUUAUUGACUACAGAAAAAUACAUCCAGAAAUUGCAAAUGCAGCACUCGAUAAAUUGUCUCGGCAUUUGUGGUACUUACACGAAAAUCUUGCUUGUUUAGCUCUUUUUGAUGAAACUGUGUCAGUAGAAGAAAAAGUAAAGAUCGUACAAAAAAUAAAUUCCCAGGUAGCGGUCAAAAAGCCUAAUAAACGUUUAUCAGUCGCUUAUGAAGAAAUAACGUCGUUAUCUGAGAAAAACAUAAGCGAUUUUGUUAAUCCAAACUCGUUGUUUAUUUUUGAGCAAUUUGAGCUCCCCUAUGAAUUUUUGCAUACAGAUCCAAGUUUGUGGGAAUCAAAUCUUGAGUAUAAACGAUGUUAUGAUACAUUCAAAAAGUUAAAAGUAGUAAACGAUACUGCGGAAAGAGGAGUAGCGCUAGCCGAAAGUUUUAAUGAAGUAUUGACUUAUAGCGAAGAUGAAAGACAAAGAAUUUUUCAAACUGUUCAGCACCAUCGAUCUCAAUACACAUCGUGUAAAAAAUCACAAUAUAUUGACAAUGAAUUAAUCUAACAAUUCAUUUUUCUACUUUC